AGUGAUGUCAUAUCCGUCGUCCAGGUCUCCACACCUCUCUCGGCAGUUGCUCCCCUGGUCUUGUGCUUGGGUCAAAACUUUUGAGGUGGGCUGGUGGAGAGGCAGCGGGAGAGAGGGUAGCCUGGGGCGCGCGGGUUGGAGGCGCUUCAGCACCGCGGCCAGCGUCCACUGCAGCCCAGCCCACUCCAGAGCUCCCGGACUCCCGGCGCCGAGGAUGCCUGCGGAAUGAUCGCCCCCCAGGGCGGCUGCCGCUGCUGCCGCGGCUGCUCCUGCUCCUGCCUCCGCCUGUGCCUCCUCUCUGCCAGGACCGGCAGGCGCCAAGCGCAACUGCCCAGGGAAAGGUCUCUGCAGUGAGUGGCGUGGCUCCAUCCGAGCGAGGGAAGAGGGGGCCAAAACCCGGGUCAGGAUGCGGGCGACGUCCAGCCUCCUCAACGUCCUGCUGCUGGCUCUGCUGGCCGGACUGGAUCCUUCCAAGACUCAGAUUAGCCCCAAGGAAGGGUGGCAAGUGUACAGCUCAGCACAGGACCCUGAUGGCAGAUGCAUUUGCACCGUGGUUGCUCCGGAACAAAACCUGUGUUCCCGGGAUGCCAAAAGUAGGCAGCUUCGCCAGCUCCUGGAAAAGGUUCAGAACAUGUCCCAGUCCAUUGAGGUCUUAAACUUGAGAACUCAGAGAGAUUUUCAAUAUGUUUUAAAAAUGGAAACCCAAAUGAAAGGGCUGAAGGCAAAGUUUCGGCAGAUUGAAGAUGACCGGAAGACACUAAUGACCAAACACUUUCAGGAGUUGAAGGAGAAGAUGGAUGAACUCCUGCCCUUGAUCCCUGUGCUGGAACAGUACAAAACAGAUGCCAAGUUAAUCACGCAGUUCAAGGAGGAAAUCCGGAACCUGUCUGCCGUUCUCACUGGGAUUCAGGAGGAAAUCGGUGCCUAUGACUAUGAGGAACUGCAUCAGAGGGUGCUGAGCUUGGAAACCCGGCUUCGUGACUGCAUGAAAAAGCUAACAUGUGGCAAACUGAUGAAAAUCACAGGCCCCAUUACAGUCAAGACAUCUGGAACCCGAUUCGGCGCCUGGAUGACAGAUCCUUUAGCGUCUGAAAAAAAUAACAGAGUCUGGUACAUGGACAGUUAUACUAACAAUAAAAUUGUCCGUGAGUACAAAUCAAUUGCAGACUUUGUCAGUGGGUCUGAAUCAAGGACAUACAAUCUCCCUUUCAAGUGGGCAGGAACUAACCAUGUCGUCUACAACGGCUCACUCUAUUUUAACAAAUACCAGAGUAAUAUCAUUAUCAAAUACAGCUUUGAUUUGGGAAGAGUGCUUGCACAGCGAAGCCUGGAGUAUGCUGGUUUUCACAACGUGUACCCCUACACCUGGGGUGGCUUCUCUGACAUUGACCUAAUGGCUGAUGAAAUCGGGCUAUGGGCUGUGUAUGCAACUAACCAGAAUGCCGGCAAUAUCGUCAUCAGCCAACUUAACCAAGACACCUUGGAGGUGAUGAAGAGCUGGGGCACGGGCUACCCCAAGCGAAGUGCGGGGGAGUCUUUCAUGAUCUGUGGGACACUGUAUGUUACCAACUCCCACUUAACUGGAGCCAAGGUGUAUUAUUCCUACUCCACCAAAACCUCCACAUAUGAAUACACAGACAUUCCCUUCCAUAACCAGUACUUUCACAUAUCCAUGCUUGACUACAAUUCAAGAGAUAGAGCUCUUUAUGCCUGGAACAAUGGCCACCAGGUCCUGUUCAAUGUCACCCUUUUCCACAUCAUUAAGACGGAGGAUGACACAUAGGCAAAUGUGAUGUGUAUUCAUUGUCUAAGCGGUGUCAUUUGUGAUAAACUCUAUAGGACCCCUUCUGGUUUUUUCUUUAUUAUUACUUGUCAUCAUUUCUCCAAAGCAAGCACUUUUUAAAUUGUAAAGCUGGUGUUUCAAAAAACAGGUGAGCCUGUCUAAGUUAACGUGUUGGAAACACAUCUUAACUCCUAAAUUUACAAGGCCUAUCAUGUCCUUGUCGUGAAAAGCACUAAAGAAGAGUUUAAGUGACUAAAGUCAUAGUUUUGCAAAAGAUUAAUGAUCUGCCUUAUAUUAGAGUCAGAGACUAAUGGUGGCUUAAAUGCAUGAAUGUCUUUUUUUUUAACUCUGUCAUUUUUUACUGUCUUUUGCUCCACAUCAGGAAAUAUUUUGGUAGGAAUUAGAAGAUGAAGAAAAAAAGCAUUUUAUUCCCAUUUAUUUCUUUAAAAAUAUUUAAGGAUUUCAUUUAUAUGGAAAAAUAAUAUUAAUUGUUUUGCUAUUAACACAAUUCUCUGAUGCGGUGCUGUACAGUCAUUUUUAAAUCUCUUGCUAACAUUUUAUUGGCAAUAUGUAUUUCUACCAUUGUAACCACCAUUGUGCAAUUGUAUCUCUUCACUUCUGUGAAAGUAUGUAAUAUUUUUUAUAAAAUACACUGAAAUUUAAUCUCAGUAAUUAUUUGAGUUACUUUUCGAGUGUGACCAAGAAGGAUCUUCUUGGCUGACCCCUUUGUAUAGGCAUUAUAAACUAAAAAAAAAAUCAAGCCAGAUACCUUACAUAGAGAUUUCAUCUUACCCAAAGUUUUUUGGAUCAAAUACAUUGAAUGCAAAAACUGAUUCAGUACACCUGACUUACUCUAUUCAAGAAUGAAGCCCCUAUAGUGGCCCACAAAAGAUUCAGCUGAAUCACAAAAACUGGAUUUGAGUUAACUCUACUCAUUUAUUUCCACUAAACAAACUGUGUUCUUCAUAAUUAAAUAUAUUAGUGUUUUAAUUUAUAUUUCACAUACAACUUGCAAUAGUGUAAUCUGUUGUAUCAGAACUCUAAAAGUCUGUGAAACAAAUAUGAAAACUCUUAAGAAGUAAAAUUUCUGUAAUAUCUUCUAGAUUUCAAUUGUAGGCCCUGGAGAGUUUUGAGCAAAAUUUUGCAAGAGAAAAUGAUGGGGAGACUUGGGAAUUGACUGGGGGAUUUGAGAUGUGUGAAUAACCAACUCAGAAAACAAGAUGGAAAGAGAAGUCCUGGCUACCCGGAUUCAAUGCAUGUGCAGAACUAGUGUAAUCAAAAAGGAAAAGUUUUAAUAAUAUUGAUGUUAAUAACUCCACAAAACAUAUGAUUAAACUAUAUAUCAAACAUGUCAAUGAGUUCAAAUGUACUUUCCAUAUAUUAAAAACAUUUUCCUAAAGCAGCUUUAUGGAAACUAAUAGGGUUGGCUUUAUAAUUUAAGAAGCAAAUUUCAUGGUAAAUGAUAUAUAACUUAUUGCUGUAAAUGUUUAGUUUCACACAUACACAGUACUACAAUUUUCUUUGAAAGAUAAAACUAUAAUAAUUCUGAUACAGCAUUGUAUAAAGAAAUUCUAAUAUUUAAGGGUAAUUCAUUUCUAAUAUAAGUAAAAUAUCAUCCUCAAAUACCACACUGUGAAAGUUGUAGGAUUAAACACCGAUCUUGAAAAUAUUAAGAUUUAACAAAGUUGUUUUUGUUUGUUUGCUUCUUUGUUUGUUUUUGCUUACAAAAAGUUAGCAUGAUUUAAUGACCACUCUGGUUUCUUUUGCAAUGUUUUCUUCUCUUUAAAAUGUUUAUCACAAGUUCUUCUCUACUAUUGAGAGCAGGGAAACUUAGGAGAUUUGUCUGGCAUUGUACACACACCACAAAGAGAAUCAAUAAAUAUUUCAUAUGUCAAGAGUUUGUAUAAGGAAAAGUCACAUCAGUUUCAGAAAUGAAUUAAUUUUUAAGUAGAUGGCCUCUGCUAGAUAUCUAUAUUCUUUUACUGAUAUUAUAUAGUUUCACAUACAUUCAAAAUUUGGAUGAUCACAGUGUAUUGUGAGGUGUGCAGCUUGUAAAGCACUUUAUUGUUUCCUAUGUAAGAUUUCAUCACCGUAUCCAAUUUACAGUGAAUAUGCUGCUAGAGCAAGCACAGAUUUUAUUAUUGUCACUACAAGUGGAGAUAAAAUGUGAUUUGCAUUAAACAUCUACAGUUUAAAAGCAUUUUUCUUAAUAGAUUAUUAUCAGUUUUGUGCCUGAAAUAAAUAAAAACUUACUCUAAUCACUGUUUUCUUUUUUAAAAAAUCUCCAACAAAUAAAUUUUACAAGGGAAAUAAUGAAUAUCCUUAAGUCAUCCACACAAUCCAAGACGUAAAGAAAUCCAGGCUCAGAAAGUCUUAAAUCUAAGUGAACUAUGUAACUGGUAUUUUCUGAAUUAACCAGGUCAUUCAUAAACUUCCAUGUCACUCAAA